AACAGAAUUAUAAAGCAAGUGUAAUUAUUUCUAAUAAUUUGUGUGCUGUUAAUUAAAUCCAUUAUUUACCUUCUUCAAUCAGCAUAUAAAAUUAAAAAAAGAAAAAGUCGUCAUUUAGGUUCUAUUAAAAAAAACCUUUUUAGGUGAUUUGAAAUUAGGACUGGUAUUUGAUCUUCAUCAGCAAUUUACAGCAACAUCCCCAAAACGGCCAACUCUCGUCGUCGAAGUGCUGCCGGUGAUCCGCAGUACGUAACAAAUUUUUACUCGAAAAAGGUUUCGGAUCGACAAGAUCUGUUUCAGCCUCUUUGGCCUGACAAAAAAUGGAAGAUAAGACAUCCUCUCGAUUUUCCGAAUACCUUUUUGCUAAAAUGGACGGUCAAGACGUCUCGGCCUCGCAGGGUCCCCGUAAGAUGACCGCCGAUACUAGAAAGUGGAUGCGUGAGAAUCUUCUUCUCACUGUUACACUAUCUGGUGUUUUUUUGGGCGUCUUCAUAGGAUUUAGUCUACGACCGUUGGGUCUAGGUGGAGAUGCAGUAAUGCUGAUCGGUUAUCCUGGAGAGUUAUUUAUGAGACUGCUAAAGCUUAUGAUUUUACCACUUGUUAUUGCUAGUUUGAUAUCUGGAUCAGCAAGUUUAAAUGCUCGGAUGAAUGGAAUGAUCGCAGUUCGUACAUUGGUUUAUUUUAUUUUGACAUCUUUAUUAAAUGCCAUUCUUGGAGUAACUAUUGUUCUUCUUAUUCACCCUGGCAAUCCUGGUCUACGAGAAGCUAUAACACCUUUGGCAAAUGCUAGGGCUGUAAAUAUUUUAGACAAUCUGCUGGAUCUCGGACGAAAUAUGUUUCCAGAUAAUCUUUUUCAAGCUGCAUUCCAACAGGCUCACACAGUGUAUGUACCGAAAAAGCAUAGUUUUCAGAAUUAUAGUGAUAAACUAAUAAAUCCUGAAGAGGAGGAAGUCAUAAGAGUUGUACAAUAUCGUACUGGUACUAAUACUUUGGGAAUUGUUUUUUUCUGUUUGGUUUUUGGCACAUUUCUUGGAACACUAGAAGAUAAAGCUCACGUAGUUAUUGAUUUUUUCAAAGCAGUUUUUGAAGUAAUUAUGGAAAUGGUAUCGACUGUUAUGUGGAUGACGCCAAUUGGAAUUACAUCAGUAAUAGCAAGUAAAAUUCUUGGUGUAUUGGAUCUCUCGCUUGUUAUGUCUCAAUUGUUCUGGUUUAUCAUAACAAUUAUUAUCGGAGUAUUUUUUUAUCAGCUAGUAAUUAUGCAACUAAUUUAUCUAAUCAUAGUAAAAAAGAAUCCAUACAAAUUUUAUGCUGGUCUUGCCCAAGGUACACUCACUGCUUUCGCUAUGGCAUCAACGGCCGCUGCACUUCCAGUAACCUUCCGUUUAAUGACAGAAAAUCUUCGAGUCGAUCCUCGAGUUACAAGAUUUGUGUUACCUAUUGGUUGUAAUAUCAAUAUGGAUGGUACUGCCUUAUUUGUUGCAGUUGCCAGUAUUUUUAUUGCUCAAAUGAAUGAUAUCUUAUUAGAAUUCGGAGAGAUUAUAACUGUCAUACUUACCUCAACUGCAGCAUCAGUAUCAUCAGCAUCUGUACCAAGUGCAGCUCUUGUUUUACUUUUGGUUGUUUUAAGUGCUAUUAAUGCACCAGCACAAGAUGUUUCAUUGUUAUUUGCAAUCGAUUGGUUUGUUGAUCGUAUAAGAACAACGAAUAAUAUGCUGGGUGAUUGUUAUGCUGCAGCUAUUGUUGAGCAUUUAUCAAAAAAAGAAUUAAUGGCUUUAGAUGCAGCAGGAUUUCAAUCUGUACAAACUAUUCUUCCUACUAUUGCAAAUGGUCGUCUAUCCGCAAACAGAGUACCUGACCCAGAUACAAUCAUCGUUGAAAUGGAAGACGAAACAAAUGUUGCCGACAUCACCAAGUAAACAAACUAUUGCACAAUCAUGGAUGAAAAGGAGAUUGAAGAAAUUGUUUAAAAAAUAAUAAAAAUUAUUGAUGUGAAGUUUAUUCA